AUGCCUCUCCCCAUCGCCAGGUCGGCGGCUUCUGGCCUCGCGGUCCGCUGCAAGACACUCCAUCGCCGUAAAUCACAGCCUCUCCCCCGUCUCCUCUCAUGCUCCUACUCAUCUUCUUCUGCCUCCCGGCAUGACCGGCCCUUCCGCAUGGCCGUCGUCGGCUCCGGCCCCGCCGGCUUCUACACCUCUUACCGCGUCAUGUCUCUGAUCGACCGCGCAAAGGUUGACAUGUACGAGGCCCUGCCUGUGCCGUUCGGUCUGGUCAGGUUUGGUGUGGCCCCUGACCAUCCCGAUGUCAAGAACUGUCAAGACAAAUUUACUGAAGUUGCCUCGUCUCCCAACUUCACAUUUGUCGGCAACGUCUCUAUUGGCCACAAACCUUUCCACCCAGAUGGCCAAUCGCUCCCCCUGACAACGCUGCUGCGCCACUACGAUGCUGUUCUGUUUGCAUACGGCGCAGCCAAGGACAGGACACUCGGCAUACCAGGCGAGUCGACCCUUAAGCGCAUCUACUCGGCCCGCGAGUUUGUGGGCUGGUACAACGGGCUGCCCGAGUUCGCCGGCCUGAACCCGGACCUCUCCCAAAGCGAGGCCGUCAUCAUCGGCCAGGGCAACGUUGCCAUCGACGUCGCCCGGGCCCUGCUCGAGGAUGUGGACAAGCUGCGGAGCACGGACAUGGCCGACUACGCCCUGGAGGCGCUGUCCAAGAGCCAGGUCAAGAGGGUCCGCAUCGCCGGGAGGCGUGGGCCCAUGCAGGCCGCCUUCACCAUCAAGGAGGUCCGCGAGCUGAUGAACCUACCCGGCGUGUCGGCCGACCCCAUCGACCGCUCGCUCAUCCCAGCUGACCUGAAGACCCUGCCCCGCGCGCGCAAGCGCCUCACCGAGGUCCUCCUCAAGGGCUCCAAGACACCGCACUCUUCAGCCUCCAAGUCCUGGGCCUUAGACUUCUGCCUCUCGCCGACUGAGUUCCACCCAGACCCAGCUGACCCGGCGGGCGUCGGGAGCACAACGUUCGAGCGGACCUCGCUGUUACCGGACCCUUUCGACCCCAGCACACCCGCCGCUGGCACCGGGGAGACCACGACGCUGGCGUCCCCGCUGGUUUUCCGCUCGAUAGGCUACAAGUCUGUGGCCCUCCCCGAGUUCGAAACCCUGGGCGUCGCCUUUGACGCGCGUCGCGGCAUCAUCGGGAAUGACCUAUCCGGGGGCCGUGUGUUGCGUAGUACUGCCGCGCCCGCCCACGCAGGAUCCGACCAAGCAGAUUUGUUCCCGGGGCUUUACUGCGCGGGCUGGGUGAAGCGCGGCCCCACCGGGGUCAUCGCCAGUACCAUGGAGGACGCGUUCGCGACGGCGGAGGCAAUAGCGGAGGACUGGAAGGGUGGCAAGCAGUUCCUUAGCGACGCCGGGGUGGCAGAUGCGAGAAGCGCCGUCAGUGCUGGGUGGGAAGGGGUGCAGAGCGAGACGGGCAGGAGUGUUGCUAAUGCCGCCGUUGACUGGGAGGGCUGGUUGGCCAUUGACAAGGCGGAACGGGAUCGAGGCCAGCUGAAGGGCAAGGAGAGGGACAAGUUCACGACGACGGGCGACAUGCUGAAAGUGCCCUUCUCAUCCAUGGCAUAA